AUGAAGAAGCAGAGAGGCGACAUCGCGCUUGUGGACAUCCUCCGCUCAGAUGAGCUUAGCAGAUGUCCUGUGUUGGUCACAAGUCGACCCUGGAAGGCCAACGAAAUAAGAUGGAACAGUGUUUUAAGGAAACGCUACACUUUCAUUCGCGUGCAAGGAUUUAGCUGGGAAAAUGCAGAAGCUUAUGUCCGCAAGUACUUUACAGACAGUGUGGCGACAGCCGAUCAACUCAUCUACGCGAUCAAAGGAAAUGGCAUCGUAUAUGAGCAUAUGGCCCCAUAUCCUAUCUACAUAUCAAUGAUCUGUCUGAUGUGGAAAGAACUAGAUUACAAGCAGAAGAACAGGUUUAGGUCAUUGCGAACAUUUUCUGAAAUAUUCGAUUGUAUUUUUACAUUCUUAGAAGGACACUAUGCUCAGAAAGAGACCACAGACCUAGACGAAGCAUCCGUCGAAACAGCUCUCUCCGAUAUCUCAGAGUAUAUGAAACCAAUUGCUAAAGUUGCUUUAAUUGGUCUCCAGGAAAAAAAUCUCAUUUUCAGUGAAGGUGAUUUUGAAAGGUAUUCAGAGUCUGUUGAGGUUGCUUGCAAAGUUGGGGGUCUUGUCGCGAGAGAAAAAGAUGACAUCCAUCAUGUCCGUACAUGA